AUGCCACGAGAGUCUGGUCGUGGGAGGCUGCGUUCACAUGAGGCCUGCCUCAAUUGCAGGAGAAAGAAGACCCGAUGUCCAGCUGAGAAGCCAUCCUGCUCCAGCUGUGUUCGCCUGAACCAGUCCUGCCUUUAUACUUCGGUACCGAGAGGGUCGCGAGGAGGGCAGUCGGAUGAUAGGCUGGCAUUCCUCGAAGAGAAAGUAAAUCUCAUCUUGAGUGGCACUAGACCAACUCAUAACAUUCGAUGUGAAUUGCCGGAGACUGUCAAUGGCAUUUCAGAUACAUCCUACCCUGCAACACGUCCACCAUCCAUCGAGCCGAUAAGCACCGUCAAUGACCCAUUCUUCCUGGGACUUGGGUUCGAAGACUUGAAUUCCCAUCCCUCAUCAUCAGCCAUCGCUAAAGCUAUCGAUCUUUAUUUCGAAUAUUGCCAUCGACAACCGAUAUGGUGCUUGGAGCGCGAAGAAGUGUUGGACCCAAGUUAUCUGUCGGAGGAGCUCGUUUGUUGCCUACUCGCCUUGACCUCCCGAUUUUCGAGAGAUCGCGAUCAUUUACAACAUUAUGCGGAUAGCGCAAGGAGUUUGAUCAUGCUUCGAAUGGCUAACGGUACGGUGGAACUAGAAACCAUCGAAAGUCUUUGUCUACUCUCAUACUCCUCAUUUCUAGAUGGAAAUAUACACCUUGGUCGCUUUUACCUUGGCCAGGCGUUGCAUCUUUGUCGGUCAGCAACGCUGGAUAUCGAAUCGAGUUAUAUCGGCGAAGGUCCCAAGGCGGAGCGAAAGAAGCGUCUCUUCUGGAGUCUUCAAUGUCUCGAGCAGACUUACGGGCAGCAGAACGGAUUCCUCUGUAUUCCAUCGGAGCUCCUGCGCGUGUUCUAUAUUUCCCCAAGCAGCGACCGGACAACCCCCGAGGGGGCUGAGCCGAGACCUCCACCGCUACCGACGGAUGAUCUUGGUUGCUCAGAAUCCUCCGACUUGGGAAUCUGGAGUCUGGCAGCCCAUUUUGGUUGGAUCUGGAGCAGGGUCCGAAUGUAUGUCUCCGAAUGUGCUCAGAACAGACUCAAAGAACCCUGGCGACACGAUUCGAUGUACGCCAUGGUACUCUCCGACCUUACAGAGAUCGAGAACAAACUUUCCCAGUGUCAUCGAUAUGACUCAGUCAAGUUCUAUGAGCGAACAGCAGAUGAGCUGAGAAUGAGCCGGACUUACUGGACCCCGUGGCUAAAGCUGCAAUUCACGUAUCAUUCCAUUCUGACUGUUUUGAACCAUCCCUUCCUCUACAUUGUGGCAUCACAAUACAACGAUAAUCUGGCCAUCCCAAACACUUUUUGGAGACGAUCAUCCGAAUUGGUUCUUUUACAUGCUACCUGGCUUGUCCGCAUGAUAGAUAUGGUGACGGAAAAGAAGAUGCGAUUGAUCGAUCCAUUCUUCGGACACGCGGCCGCCAUUGCCGCUACAGUGCAUCUGUAUUAUUGUUGUGCGGCAGACACUCGGCUGAAGUACAAGUCCAAAGUUGAUUUCACCAAAUGCAGAAGAUUUCUCAAGAGCUUUGUGUCAUUUUCGCCUGCUUGUGGGAUUUUGGACCAUACACUAGAUAAAAUGACUCGCAUUGCAUCUGGUUCAGAGAACAUCGACGAUGAUUGGGAACCCGAGAAGAUCCAUCUCAGUAUUCCGCUAAUGUGGGACGUUCUUCAGGUCAACUGUAAACCCAAGCCACACGAAGUGUCCACGGGUGGUUUACUACAUCCGUCAUUGACUCCAACUGUCCGUACAGAAGAGGCAGAGGAUAGCCCGGCUUCCACCUUAGAGAUCAUUGUUGCAAUGUCCCCAAAUAUCACGGUGAACACCGCAGAUGGCGGUCUAGCCGCCCACAUGCCACCCACCAUGCCGCGCAUAUCUUCUGCGCCCACUUCUUCCGAUUUGAGCCCUAGUGAGAAACUCGUUGCUCCCGCCGACAGCCUCAUGACCAAUACGCCCUGGCUAUGGGCCGAUCCCUCACAGUUUCUUGAUCUGGAGAACAAUGUGGGAUACCCAGAUUCAGAAUCCGGCCUCGGCAACGUUGACGGAUUUUCGACUUGGUGGGAUUUUGGUAACUUAUAG